AUGGCUGGGAAAUAUCAGGUAAAUAAAGUUAAACAUUUGGUUUGUAUUUUUGAACAAAACAACGUAAAAUCAAAAAAGGAGAAAAGAAGUUCUGAAUUGACAGUAGUUUCAAGAAGCAGUGCGGAAGCAGUUCUAUGUGACCAUUGUCUGUUUGGAAAAACAGAACAAGAAGCUGAUGGAUUUUGUAAGACGUGCCUAGAAUAUCUAUGUAAAAGAUGCGUUCAAGAACACGUAAAGGCAAAGCUGACAAGGGAGCAUUCUUUAAUCAGAAACAAUAUUCCAAAAGAAGAUGCUGAAGUUUUAAGAAGAAUGAAAACAAUGGUCUUCUGCAUUGAGCACCCCGGGCAAACAAUUGCUUACCACUGCCAAGAGCAUGAUGAAUAUACUUGCUACUUGUGUAAGGAGAAUAAUCACAAAGAAUGCAAAGCCACAUCUCUAAUUCGGUCAGGCCAAUCUAACUCUGAUGGAACGAGCAGUAUCUUUGAAAGAUUAUACACAACGAGAGACAAGGUACGUUCGUUAAAGGAUGUAAAGGAAACACGCAUUAAAAGUCUUUUACAAGAAAAGCACCAAAUCCAAAGAGAGCAACAUGGUUAUUUUCAGGAAUUAUCAGAAUCAAUUGCUGAAUGUGUAAAGAGGGAAAAUUCAAAGUGUGAAGAGUUGGUUGGAACAAUGGUAAAAGAUAGUACGAACAAAGUGAAUGAGUGUGAAAAAAUUGAAGAGAAUGACAUAUGCCAAAAAGAGAUGCUAGAAGCAGCGAUACAAUACUGCAGCGAUGAUAAUUUGGCUCUUAUUACAAGGAUGAUUGAAAGAAAAAUGGAUACGCUUGAAGGAAAAAUCAAUUGUUUAGAACAGGAAGGCAGUGCUCAGAUCCGUUUCUGUAAAAAUGAUUCUUUGUUAGAUAAUUUAUCUGUAGGAACAGUGACUGUAUUACACAAUAAAAGUGAUACAUCUUCGCGAGAGCAAGUUGAACUAGCGAGUGACGAAGUAGAAAUAGCGAGUCUCGAAGAAGACAUAAGGAAUGACGAAGUAGAAAUAAUACAAACUGUAGACCGAACAUAUGUACCACAUACAGGAGUGGCAAGUUACGUUUCUCAACGCAGGACUGACAUAGAUUGCAAUAUAAGACUAGGCGAUGACUACCAUACAUGUUCAGUGUGGGGCUUGGUUGUUUUUCCAGACGGACGUUUGGUUUUGAUUGACAACGCAAAUCUUAAAAUGAAACUGUUCACAAAGAAAUUUAACUUUGUAUGCGCCGAACCAGUACAAGACCACCCUACAAGCAUUUGCUACCUAGGGAGAGAUAUUGUUGCUGUUGCUUUUGGAAAAUCAACACAUAUCUACACUUAUUUUAUUGGGGCACAAUCAAUAUAUCCAUACAGGACUUUAAAAACAGACGGGUUUUUCUGCCGAGGACUUGCGUUUUAUAGGGACAACGCUGUUGCGGCAAUUGUGUCAAAUAGAGACAUAUUGAGGACAGUUCAAGCGGAUGACGACGUUAAAGUACACGUUUUUUAUUUAAGGACGUCAUGUACACAAAUCAUAAGGUAUUUCGAAUCAGUAGAAGGAAAUGACUUGUGGUUUAGAGAUCCUAAGGUUUGCAGGUAA